AUGGCAAAGACCAAGGAACCCAAGACUGGCAGCAAGUCCAAGUCGGAGGUCAAAUCUCUCUCAGCUGUCAAAAACGCGUCUGUCACUAAACCCUCUCAGACUCCCAUCGCCAAGUCCAAGCAAAUCGCCAAGAAUGUUGCAUCCAAGGUGAACGGCAAGAAGGAGAAGAAACCAGUCGUUAAGGCUGCCACUCCCUCCUCUGACGACGAGUCCGACUCGGUCUCUUCUGCGUCCGAAGACUCGGCCAGCGACUCUGAAGUUGAGGUCCCUGUCAAGGCUGCCCCAGUCACAAACGGCAAGGCCAACGGCAAGCUCAAUGGCAAGACGAACGGUGCUGCGAAGAAAGAGGUAGAUACCUCUUCUGAAUCCUCUUCCUCCUCUGAUUCAUCCGACGAUGAUUCCGAGGAGUCCGAUUCCGAUUCUGAAGCUGAACCUGCAAAGCCCGAAGCCGCUUCCGACAGCGAGAAUGACGAUAGCGACAGUGACGACUCUGCUUCCGACUCUGAGGAGACGAAACCCGUCGUUGCAAAGCCUGUUGAGAAGAAGAUUGCGGCACCAAAGGCUGCUACAAAUGGCGCUGCAAAGCCGGCUGUCAAGGCUGAGGAAGACAGUGAUGAUUCUGCUUCGUCUGUUUCCAGCGACGACGACGAUGAUGCAUCCGAUUCCAGCGAUAGCGAGAGUGAGACCGAGGCACCAAGCAAGAAGCGCAAGGCCGAAGAGGAGCCAGUUGAAUCCACAAAGAAGACCAAGACCGAGACCGCCGUCGAAGACAAUGGAUCCAAGAACCUGUUCGUUGGCAACUUGAGCUGGAACAUCGAUGAUGAGUGGCUGUACCGCGAGUUCGAGGAGUUCGGUGAGAUCACACGCGCCAAUGUCUUGACUGACAGAGAGUCCGGUCGCUCCAAGGGUUUCGGAUAUGUUGAGUUCGCCAGUUCAGCAUCUGCUGCUGCUGCUCUCGAAGCUAAAAAGGGCUCACUAAUUGAUGGUCGUGAAGCAAAUGUCGACUUCUCCACUCCCCGUGACAAGGCCGCACCAAAGGACCGCGCACAGAACAGAGCUCAGCAGUUCGGCGAUUCCAAGAACCCUCCUUCCGACACUCUCUUCUGUGGUAACCUCUCAUUCGACGCUACCGAAGAUGUUGUUGGAGAGGCUUUCGGCGAGCACGGUACAGUUGUCAAUGUUAGACUUCCAACUGACAUGGAUUCUGGAAACCCUAAGGGCUUUGGCUAUGUUACCUUCAGUUCCGUCCAAGAUGCCGAGAAGGCAUAUGAACAAAUGAUGGGCGCAGAAAUUGCUGGCCGACCAGUCCGACUUGAUUUCGCGACUCCACGCCCUGAACGAUCCGAGGGAGGAUUUUCUCGAGGGGGCGGCCGAGGUGGCGGACGAGGAUUUGGCGGAGACAGAGGACGUGGACGAGGUGGCGGACGCGGCGGUUUCAAUGACAGAGGACGUGGCGGAUCGAGAGGUGGCCGUGGAGCUUCGACCAACCGUGGAGGUUUCGGAGACUUCAAAGGCAAGAAGCAGACUUUUUAAGUCUAGAGGCAUCGCUUGAGGACUGCAUGCCCGUCAACACUGCCGCACAAUUCUUCUUCGGAAGAUAAGUGUUGACUUGUGGGUCGUUGGCUUUGUGGGUUGUGGGCUCUUGACUAUACUGCUUCGGCAGCUGUGGGCUUUGAGAUCAUACUUGUGGGCUUGAGACAUUACACAGUGGGCGUUGGCUUGUGGCUGUCCCUUUGGCCUGUCUGCACGCAGCAGAAACUGGCCUGGCUUUUUGACUUUACACAUAUCAUAUGGGCGUUUGGGAUUCAUGACCGUUCUGUGGGCUUUGGCUACGAAGUCGAGAUGAACCUUCUUAUAUCUUCCUCCCUUUUGGGAUGGGUAUCUUGGAGCGGAUCGAGCUUCAUGUGGGCUUCUCGAAGAUCAAUCAUCCUGUGGGGCGUGGAAAAGUUCUUGUUUGUUUCCUUGGCUAGCUGUACGUUUCGAUAAUGUUGUG